UUCGAUUUAAAUCAAACAUUGCACAGAUGUGUAAAUAGCUUGCUUAAUUGUAGUCACGUAUUACAGUGUUAUUAUAGACGAAAAGAAUUUCAUACCGAGACGCAUGUUAUGUGAUCAAAAUUAUUCAAAAGCGUAAUGACACGAAUACCGAUUAUCUCUAACAAUCGGAUCACAAGAUAGGCAGACGGACAAGAUUGAUGGGGACACGUUGUGAAGGAUUGUAAAAUUUUGUUUAUUAUUUUAUAUCGUGAAUUGGAUACGACGUUUUUGUUAAAACAAAAUAAUAUAAGUAAUUGUAGAAUGCAUAUCUGCAUAAUUUUAUAACGUUUUCAUUCUUUUUUUAAUAAAUUUAUCAAUAACUAAAGUUUUUUCAGCGGACGUGCAACAUGCAAAAAGAUAAAAUUGCAUGUUGCAUCAAACCAUCUAAUUAAAGAUAGACCCAUAUCGUCUUUUAGCAUUAAAAGUGUACAAUUUCCAAAAAAUAUUCAAAAUUGAGUUAAUAUGCGGAAUCAUUUGGUAUCACCAGUAUUUUUCUUAUAAAUAUUGUCAAAAGAGCCGUUGUUUAGUAUUUUUGAUUUUAGUUUACCUAUGUUUUGACUACUAUUAACAAAAUUAAUAAUAAUAAAAAUAAAUAAUUUUAUCUUACUUUAAAAGACAGAUAAUCUCACUGGUAAAAAAUAAAAAGUAAAUGUUUCAAAGAUGAUUAAUAUUAAAAAUAUCACACGUUAAACCUUUAAAACACUCUCCUGUAAAAUUAGUAGUAGUUGUAGUAGUUUUGAGAUUAUAUUAUACAGUCUUAAUGCGAGAAGACGAUAUGGCCUAGCUAAUCAACCUUAAUAAAAGCCGUUUGGAUGUAAUUAAUAAAAUAGACUUUUUAUUUGCACCUUGGAUUUGUUUACGUAUGGUAAAUAAUGAAAUAGGUUUCUUUGUAUGAUUUACAAAUGUAAAUUUUAAUUAUAAGCAGGCAAUAGAAUUUCAGACGCGACUCGCUCAGUCCUAUUGCGUACUACGAAGAGUACGGUCAUUUUUCGAUUAAACUGCUAGAAAAUUGAUGAUAAUAUGGAAUUAAGUAUGUCUGCGAAUGAAGAUCUAGCUAAAGAGAGGGCCAGGUGUGAUUUUAACGUAAGCGAAAUCACGAAUAUUCUGGAUGGCGGCAUUGAGAGGACGAAACAAAGGAAAAAAAUCGAGAGCAUUGCAUUGAGCAAUGGCAAGUGUCGUGAUGUCACUCCAGAAGAGACCCUGGGCCCGAAAGAGCGCUACGAGAAUGCAAUCCGGAAAUCUUGUUUGUACACCAAAAUUGUUAAGGAUCAAGUAUUAACGCUUACCGGGCUAGAGGUAUUGGGGUCCAAUUCUUCAGUACUCCGCAGAACAGCAGAUGCGUUUUUCAAAGAUAUUUCACCAUUCCUGCUUCACUUGGGCAUGUUUGUACCGACCAUCAUGGGACAAGGCACUCCAGAACAACAAUCCUACUGGUUACCGCGGGCCUUAGACUUUCAAAUCAUCGGUACAUACGCUCAGACAGAGCUUGGUCACGGUACGUUCAUAAGAGGUUUGGAAACUACAGCGACGUAUGAUCCUGAUACCGAAGAGUUCGUUAUCCAUAAUCCUCGGCUGACUUCGUACAAAUGGUGGGCGGGCGGACUGGGGAAGACGUCAAACUACUGCAUUGUGGUAGCGCAGCUAUAUACGCAAGGAAAGUGUUAUGGUAUCCAUCCGUUUAUCGUACAGAUCCGAGAUGAAGAUACCCACGUGCCUCUCCCGGGAGUCAGAGUGGGGGAAAUCGGUCCCAGGAUGGGCUUUAAUACGGCCGAUAACGGAUUUUUGGGUUUCGACCAUUACAGAAUACCCAGAAAUCACAUGCUCAUGAAAAACUCUCAGGUUCUGAAGGACGGCACUUAUGUGAAAGUCGCAAGUCACAGUAAGCUGACCUAUGGAACUAUGGUGUUCGUAAGGGUGAUGCUGGUUAAUGAAGUAGCGUUCAAUUUGGCGAAAGCUGCAACGAUUGCCGUUAGGUAUUCAGCCGUGAGGAGACAGUCUGAGAAGAUUUCUGGAGAGCCGGAACCACAAAUUCUAGACUACGUGACACAGCAACAUAAACUAUUCGUCUGCAUAGCGACGGCCCACGCUCUGCAAUUGAGCAGCAACUGGUUGUGGAAGACCUUCAGUGCGGUAUUGGCUGAUAUGAGAGGCGGGAAUACCGAAAAUUUGCCCGAGUUGCACGCGUUGUCUAGCUGUCUCAAGGCCCUGAGCACAUCGGAUUCCGCGGCCCUCAUCGAGCAGUGCAGACUGGCAUGCGGAGGCCACGGCUACAUGCUCUCGUCUAAUCUGCCGCUGCUUUAUUCAUUCGUCACGGCCACUAGAACUUACGAGGGCGAUUACACAGUGCUGUUGCUGCAAACAGCCAGAUUCCUAAUAAAAGCGUGGGAGCAAGCGGAGUCUGGUAAACCGGUGACUCCGACGGUAUCAUAUAUGGAAGAAGCUGUCGUUGGUAAUAAAUACAAAUGGAACGGUUCAGCUGAGGGUAUAAUAAAAGCUGCAUAUUAUGUCGCUGCGGGAAAAAUAUCAUCCAGUGUUGCCAGUAUAAGAAAACGUAUGAAGAAUGGAAAAGCAUUUGAAGAUGCAUGGGAGUUGACCGGGGUGCAACUUGUAGCUGCGGCCGAGACGCAUUGUCGUGCAGUGAUCUGCGACGUGUAUAGAAAAGAAACAGUAAGGCUCACAGCGAAUUCCAGUCCGAAUGUGAAAACUGUCAUGGAUCAACUUAACAUGCUGUAUUUAUCUCACUGGGCUUUGGAGAGAACUGGCGACUUAUUGAGGUAUACUUCAACGACAGAAGACGACAUAAUCAGCUGUCAACAGAGAUACGAAGAGUUGUUGGCUGCGAUCCGACCGAAUGCCGUGGGAUUGGUCGACGCGUUUGAUUUCCCUGACGAGAUAUUACAAUCGACUCUGGGCGCGUACGACGGGCGCGUGUACGAGCGCCUGAUGGAGGAGGCGCUGAAGAGUCCUCUCAACGCGGAGCCCGUCAACAGAUCCUUCCACCAGUACCUCAAACCUCUCAUGCAGGGGAAACUUUGAAAUUAAUUUUACAUAUUAUAUUUUUUGGAAAAAACUAAAUCCAGUCAAAAGAUCGAAUCGAAGUAAAUUAUGACCUUUUUCCAUAUGUUUUUUUUAUGUUAGGGAAUGUCUUCAAUGUGUGUUAUUUAUUAAUAAACUUUUUUAGAUACAUAA